UCCCUGCUCAUCUUAGAUAUUUAUUUGUAGUCACAACAGGAAGAGCUAGUAUUUUUUGCCUCUAAAAUAAAAAUAAGAAAAAAACACUCGGAUAAUGUCCGACACUCCAGAAGAGCAGCCCACCAAGGAGGAUGGGCCUGCGAUUCCCGCUGCCAAGGAGGAGGAUAAAGCAGCUGCGCCUGCUGCUUCUUCUAAGGAGAAAUCCGGCAAGGGAAAAGACAAGGACAAGGAGGGCAAGGGCAAAGCGGGCAAGGGAGAGAGAGGGACUGGCAGCCAGCGCACAUCUCUGACUAAGUCUGGGGGGGUGACCAGCCCCUUGGCCAUGGCUCCGCAGCCGAAGCCCACUAUGCGCUUUAUGCCCACGUAUCGCCUGGAACCCAAUAACCCUUUAAACAAGGAGCGGGUGGAAAUAAUCAUGAAGGCGGUUAUGAACAAGCACUACAACGAUGAGUACAUGUUUCAUCCAAAGCACUCGCUGCACAUGGCAGCCCAGAUCAGCGAGGAGAUCAAAAAUCGCAUUAAAUUAAUGAACUAUGAUAGAUAUCGUUACAUAGUGCUCGUCACUGUGGGCGAGUGCCUGAUGCAGGGCCUCUAUUCGAUGGUUAACUUCUUGUGGGAUGCUGAAAAGGAUGGAUUCGUCACAUAUAAGGUGGAGCAACCUUCAUAUUAUGCCAUCUGCACAACCUUUUAUAUAUAUUACGAUUGAACUUGGAUUGCUAUUAAAUCAAACAUAAGUGUUUACGUUGUACAUAUCCAUGGCGCGGAUUAUUUUACCUUCCUCCAUCUGAGAUCGGAUUGGAUCGUUGCACUGCAUUACGACGGGCACUAGAACUCGCUUUUUUCACAGCGAAACUUUGAACACAUUGACAUUGACAUUGUAAUUGGGAUAGAUUGUUGAUGAUUAUAUUUUAUUUAAGUAUCAGUAUAAUAGACAAUUGUUUGUAAUAUUUUUUGAAGCAUAGCAUGGAAUAUUUUCAUGGUUAUCUUUAUCCUUUUGGUAUAGGUAUAUAUGCUUUGCUUUCAACUUGAAUUAUUUAACUUUUUUUCGGUACAACUAUCUCUGAGGGUACAGAUUCAGGAUCUAUUAGGCUCGAUUAAACAGAAUUUUCGAAUUUUCAAUAAAUAUGUACGUAUCUCUCUCGAUAUUUGUGAUUUGACAACGCACGCAUACACAUACACAUGCACUUUCUUUUCUGGGAUAGGUAGCUAUUAUCAUCUAUAGCUAUAUAGUAUUGAUAUUGUUCCAGAAUGGACACUUGAACACACAGAAACGGAAAAUCAUAUAUGUAUUUGUAAAAUUAUAAUCGAAACACCACACCACUUUGUUGUUGAGAGCAACCACAAGAGAACCAAUGUAACAAUCGCCAAACCCAUUCAAACAGCGAAAACAUUUUGGAGCGAAUGCUACACGACGUUCUCUAUUCGGAUGGAAGGUGAACGUAUCGCAACGGAUCGAGAACAGGGUCCAGGUCCAGAAGGACCGAAUACAGCACAGAUUCACCACACCACA